AGUUAAUUAUACCGCCCAGAUCACUGUUCAACUAAAAGUUAUUUAUCCCAUAUUCCUGUUUAAACAUUUCCGGGUCGUGCUGCGCAAUUCCGAUCCGCUGAUGUAAACGUUUGGUUUUCAACUCGCCAGCAUGGAAAUCACAUUUAAAAGCAAACGAGCUGUGGUAACGGGCGCAGGCAAAGGGAUCGGUCGAGCUACUGCUCUCGCGCUUGCCCGUGGUGGAGCUGAGGUCAUUGCUGUUACACGUACCCAGGCCGACCUAGAUAGUCUCGUCUCAGAGUGUCCCUCCAUUAAGCCGGUGUGUGUGGACCUGUCAGACUGGGAUGCCACUGAUGUGGCCUUGAAGGACUUGGGACCAGUGGACCUGCUGGUAAACAAUGCAGCUGUUGGGAUGCUCACACCGUUCUUAGAAGUCACUCCUGAGCAGAUUGACAGAUUGUUCAACAUAAACGUGAAAGGAGCUCUGCAUGUUGCACAGAUCGUAGCUAAGGGAAUGAAGGCCAGGGGCUCUGGUGGCUCCAUCGUGAACGUCUCCAGCCAGGCCUCCCAGCGUGCUCUGAAGGACCACGCGCUUUACUGUGCCACCAAAGGUGCUCUGGAUAUGCUAACCAGAGUGAUGUCCUUGGAGCUUGGUCCUUAUCAGAUCCGAGUAAACUCAGUGAACCCCACAGUGGUGAUGACUGACAUGGGACGACUGGGCUGGAGUGACCCUGUGAAGGCCAAUGCUAUGAAAGAUCACAUCCCUAUGGGGAAAUUUGCAGAGGUGGAAGAUGUGGUGAACUCCAUCCUGUUCCUGCUCAGUGACAAGAGCCCCAUGACCAAUGGAGUCAUUCUGCCAGUGGAUGGUGGAUUCCUGGCCUCCUGAAGCUCACCUGCAAACCUUUGUUACCCGCAAAGCCGCAAUCAACUGCUUCUUGGCCACAGACUAAUUACGAUGCUUUAGACAAGACAGAUGAUCCGCUGUGCUAUCUUGACAUUAUAAUGAUUCCCCAGUACAUCAUGCGAUUUUGUAGCAUCAAUGUACGCUGGACAUAGUGAGCCCAAAUUUUUAUUUUUCAAAAUAAAAACAAAUUCAGAGACACUUAGACCAAAA